GACGCUGUUAAUAUGUUUGUCCGUAGGCUGGUUUCUAAACAAUAAAUACAAUUGGCUAAUAAACGUGUAAAGUUAACGCACCCCUUAAUUCAUUUUCAAAAUCAUUUACAGUGCCAAUAACCUGUUAAAUGCCCCGCUCAUGCGAGAGUCAGGUGGUUAGCAGCGUGGCAUUUUCUUCCGGUUUCAGUUGUGUAUUACUUUAGCAACUUCUUAUCAGUGUGAUACAGAAGUGUGCAUGCACUCACAAAUUUAGCUUCAUUAGGAUAUAUCGUAGUGCGUUUGCGUUAAAACUGCAGCAGAUAGAAAUACAGGUCGAGGAAAUAUAUUUUCAAACCCGAAUGCCAUGGCUGCAGUAGACAGCUUCUACCUUCUGUAUCGCGAAAUUGCCCGGUCGUGCAACUGUUACGUUGAAACGCUUGCUUUGGUGGGUGCCUUCUACACGGCCAGCACAGCUGUUGCCAUUGCGAGGGACUGUUACAGCCUGAUCAGGCUGCAUUUCAUCCCACGGCUGAUGAGCAGGAGAGACCUGGUUCAUCAGUACGGCCAGUGGGCAGUGGUGUGCGGUGCUAGUGAUGGCUUAGGGAGAGCUUAUACAGAAGAGCUGGCGAGAGAGGGCGUCAGCAUAAUCCUGAUAAGUCGCAGCGAGAGCGGCUUGCAGAGCUUCGCCAAGGCCAUUGCUGAUGCUUAUGGCGUGGAAACCGCGACUAUCGGAGCCGACUUCAGUCAGGGGCAGGAGGCGUACAAGCCCAUUAAGGAUGCCGUGAAGGACAAAGAGAUCGGCUUUCUUGUAAACAAUAUCUGCGUGCCCUCCGAAUACCCACAGCACUUUACUAACGUUCCUGAAAACAAGCUCUGGGACAUAAUUAACAUAAAUAUCGCAGCUGCAACAAUGAUGGUGCACAUUGUUCUUCCAGGGAUGGUUGAAAGAAAGAAAGGAGCUAUUAUUAACAUCUCUUCGGGAUCUUGUUGUAAACCUACCCCAAAAAUGACAGCUUACUCAGCAUCCAAGGCUUAUUUAGAUCACUUCAGCCGUGCAUUGUAUUAUGAAUAUGCCUCAAAGGGGGUCUUUGUGCAGAGUCUGGUUCCUUUUUACAUCUCUGAAGUGGGCGCUGCUUCUGGUGGAUGGCUGGUACCUCACCCACAGGUGUACGCUCGUCACGCCAUCUCCACGCUGGGCAUUUCCCACCGGACAACCGGAUACUGGCCACAUUCCAUACAGUUUUGGCUCUCCCGGUACAUGCCUGAAUGGAUGUGGGUCUGGGGCUCCAACAUGCUCUCUAGGACGAUUUGAAAAAAAAACUCGACUCGGAGGACAGCUGAGGAGCAGCGGCCAAGUGUGGUCUUCAACAUUCGUGCUGUGCUGAGGACUGUGAAGUGUGGCAGUUGUCUAAUUGCUGUGCAUUAUUGUUAGUACUGUAUGUGACCUGUAAUAAGUACUCCUUCAUAUCUUAUUUUGUUUGAUGAUUUACAGUUUAAUAAUUUAACUUCUUCAUGGUUUUCUCUUAUAGAAAUACCUGUAUUUGCCCGAUGGAAAUAAUCAUUACUAGUGAAUGCUGUAGUGUUGAGUCCAUUUUUAUGACAUGAAAAUUAACAAAUGGUUACAUUUAAAUAUUUGCAGAAGCAGCAUUUGAACUCGGCGUAUUUUGUUUUUUCUCAAUCUGCACCUCAUCAUUACACUUUUUUUCUGUGAGAUGUGCCUUAAAAUUUCGACAAGUUGAAUUAUUGACUAACUUAAUCAUUUUUAGUCAAUUGGCUAUUUUUCCUCUAGCUUGACCUCUACAUCUGCUGUAGAAAAAUAAAGGAGUGAAGAGAUUUAAAGAAAAAUAAGCAACACAAAUAUUUAGAAGUCUUGUGAGCACCUGAACUUUUUGUGGUCUCUUUCUGUAAAAGCUCCUUCAGAAAGAUGGAAAUGACAUCAGCAGCCUUCUGAAAAUACAGGAAAUAUAGAAAAUACAUGUAGAAUUUACAGUAACAUUUACAUGUUGUAAAAUCAUAAGCAAAAUUGUUUCAUUAAGAUGUAAUACUAUAAAAACAAUAUUUAAAACCUCUUGUCUGGAAAGCUGUGUAGUUCUGCAACAUAACUAACUAUACAGAGUUUUUUUUUUCUUUGUGAAUCUCUUUUUAAAAUAUAGCAAUAUGUACUGUUUAAAGGUGGCAUUUCUGUUUCUCCUGUUGUAUGUGCAUUAUGUGUUUUAUAAUGACUGAAAUAUUUUUUUUCUAAAAUGAUGAAGAUUGAGUGACCUAACAGUCAUUAGCUCAAAAGAAGACUUAUAUUCUGAUGUAUAUCUAGGAAAUAGGGUGGUGCAGUGCUGCUACCUUUGAUCUCUUCUCUGCUGCUCGGUCUGUUUAUAGUUAUUAAAUCAGUGGUCAUAUGUGGAAGAUAUUUUUUAGGUCUCCAUGUAUUUAAAAAGAAUGAUCUCUUCUUGAUCUGUGAGUUGUUAUCAUCAAACAGCAUAAAAAUGGCAUGCAAGUUUCAAACAGCUGUUUCUGAAGAUGCGCGAAUGAUUCGCUUCUUAUGUGUCAGAAGUGUCCUGGUCCACAAUGGCUGCUGUGCAUCUCCCAGAUUGGUGCUGAGCACCGGUGGUGGAAGAGAUGGGGGUCCCCUCCCCCUGCAUUUCAAGCACCACAGAAGUACACUUUGACAUUGUGAAAUAUCUCUAGAUUAAUGGUUAAGCUGCUACAUCAGUUGAUUGUAUAUGGAGCUAAACACUUGUGUAGCUUUGCUUUCAAAUAAACAAGUUUUAGCCAUCUGAGUUCUGUGAAUAUUAACCAGAUUAACUGGCGUGGCACAUCUACGGUUCAAUACCUGUUGUCAGUAAAGUUUUCUCUGAUUUUGGGAAUGUGUUGUAUUCUUUGUUCAUCAGGUAUUAUAAGACAAUUCCUCUGUUAUCACUGAUUUGUAAAGUUUAAAAAUAUAUGGUGUAUUUCAGUAAAGUAGACCUGUCAUGACAUUUA